AUGGAGACAACCUUAUCCCCUUUGCCAAAUGCUGUGAGGAAACAGCCAGACCCUAGCCUACCUUCUUCUCACCCCAGGUAUUCCAGGGUGGUCAGCCGACCUCCACCUGCCAGCUUACCUUCCCAGAGCCUCAGGCUGAUGACCCAGAGUUACAGAGACAUCUUCUGGGACAGCCUUAGUCAAAGGCCCAGCCCCACCUGGAUGGAAGAACAGUACAUCCCACCCCUGCUGGGCCUCCCACCUCUGGAGAUGCUUUGCAGAAGAAAGAGGAGGCAGCCAUAUUUGACAGGAAUGCAGCAGGGACCUGGGGGCAUCCCAGCCCGAGUAAGGGCUGUCACUUACCACCUAGAGGAUCUAAAGAGGCGACAGAGAAUCAUCAAUGAACUAAAGAAGGCCCAGUGGGGCAGCUCUGGGGCUGCAUCUGAGCCCCUGCUGUCUGGCGAAGUGGGCUGUAGAUUCCCCAGCACCACUGAACACCCUGAUCUGGAAGAGGAGAGGGCAACCUAUCCACAGGAAGAAGAUCACUUUCUCCCUCCUGGCAGGGCCCAGCUGCUUUGGUCCCCCUGGAAUCCCCUGGUCCAGGAAGGAUCUUGUCUCUCCAGGCAGUUGAGCUCUCUACCCCACUACAGCACUGUCACAGACAGUAAGAACCCCCUUUACUGUCCCUGGGGAAUGGAGUUGCAGCCUGAGGAGUAA